ACUAAAAACUAAGAGAACACACUAAAGUCAGUUUGUAUUUGAGAAAGGAAACACCAAAGUCAUGCAUGUCAGAUUGCCUGUAGCCAUAGAUUCUCUAAGAUAAAAGACUAAAUCUUUAACUUUCCAAUUUACAAAGAAAACAAAAGAAAGAAAGAAAGGAAGAAAACUGUUCGAGGUGGGAAAGUGGGGGCCUCAUUGCAUGGUUUUUGGGUUCCCUUUCUUUGAAUUGAAAGAAAGGAAAAUAAAGACUCAAAUCUUUUUUACUUUCUAAAGCCAAACAAAUAUUUAAAGUUGUUUGUUUUUGUUUCAUUGUUGUCAAAGAGAAACAAGGACAAAAUAGUUCAUUAUUGUUAUUAUAAAAAAAAGGUUCUUAUUUGAUGAGUGAUGAGUCUAUAGUGAAAGUAGAUUAUAAGAAAGAAAGAUAAAUAGGUGAGUGUUGCGGUGGUGGUGAUAAUGGUGGUGAUGGUGGGGCGGUGGUGCUGAUUCAAAGGUAAAAAUUAAGAGAAGGGUAGGGAACAUUCUGAGAUAAGGCUUUUUGUGGGUUAUCUAUAGGCAGGAAGUGGUGGCUGUCAAAGAAGAUUAGAUGAUGAGGAACAGCUCAUCUUUCUGAUGUGAAGUUUUUUGGGUUUUGUUGGGUGGAUUUGGUGUUAUGUGGGGUUACUCCUUUUGGGUCCUGUCCUGCAGGUAAGGUAAUAGGCCCUCACCUCAUGCACUGAACGUUGUGCUGUGUGUUGUGUUGCGUUCUGUUAUCUUCUGCUGCCUUGUGUGUCCAUUGCCAUGCUUAUUUGAUUCUUCUUUUGGUACUUUGCCUUUGCCUUUGCCUAACUACGUGGUUAGAAAGAAAGAGAAAGGGUCUUCUGCUUUGGACAUUUUCUUUUGGGUUGUUUGCGGAGAGACAUCUUCAAGGUGUUUGUAGCUUAAAUUUAAGAGCUGCUGAAAGGGUGUUUCUGAUUUGCAAAGGAAUGUGGAUUCUGGGGUCUGGGUUUUGAAGCUUUGUCGACCAGAAAAAAAAGGUCACUUAGUAGUGUGUGUUAAGAUCCAUUGAUAAAAAGAAAAGCUAAAAACAUGAAAAAGAGGCAUAAACAAAUCAAAUAAGGACGGUGGUGUCAGUUUUGAGCAAGUGGGGGUGUCUCUCAUGUUUUAGUUUAUAUAAAAUGUAUAAGAGUAAGAGAGUUUUAAGGCAAUGUCUCCUUACUUAACCUUCUCAAUCCUGGCUCCUUGGACUCUGCUACCAGUUUAGGAAGCAAACUCUCUUCACUUUGUCAAAAUCACAUUCACUCAUUUCUCUCUUUUUCUCACCUUGGCCUUGUUUUUUUCCUGGGCAAGAUUCGGUAAUACUAAGAAUCUUAUCAUCAAUCUAUCUUUGAUUCAUUCUUCUUUGGGUUGAACAGUUGGUAAUUUCUAGGAGUGCAAUUUCGUUUGUGGUUUUUCCUUUGCACUUUCUUUCCUUUCUUGAAGUCUUCCUGGUGAUUUUGGUCCAUUAAAUAGUGAAUUUGGUAAAAGUUUGGAGAUUGGAAUCCUUAAGAGGAAACAGAGGAGCUGAUAUUUAUUUGGCAAAAUGAAGUUCAUGAAACUUGGAUCGAAGCCUGAUUCAUUCCAGGCCGAUGGAGACAAUAUAAGGUAUGUGGCAACUGAGCUGGCUACUGACAUAGUCAUUAAUGUUGGCGAUGUAAAAUUUUAUCUUCAUAAGUUUCCGCUGUUGUCCAAGAGUGCACGUUUGCAGAAGCUGGUCGCAAACACAAAUGAUGAGAACAGUGAUGAAAUUCAUAUCCAGGAUAUUCCUGGUGGACCUGCUGCUUUUGAGAUAUGUGCAAAGUUCUGUUAUGGUAUGACAGUUACUCUUAAUGCAUAUAAUGUCAUUGCGGCUCGGUGUGCAGCAGAGUACCUUGAGAUGUAUGAAACUGUGGAGAAGGGAAACCUUAUCUACAAAAUUGAAGUCUUCCUUAAUUCUAGCAUCUUCCGCAGCUGGAAAGACUCAAUUAUUGUUCUUCAAACCACAAAGUCUCUUCUUCCAUGGGCUGAGGAAUUAAAACUUGUCAACCAUUGCCUCGAUUCCAUAGCUUCAAAGGCUUGCAUUGAUACUUCUAAGGUGGAGUGGUCGUACACCUAUAACAAGAAAAAGCUUCCAUCUGAGAAUGGCAAGGAUCCUAUGUGGAAUGGUGUAAGAAAACCCCAAAUAGUUCCUAAUGAUUGGUGGGUAGAAGAUCUCUGUGAGCUCCAGAUUGAUUUAUAUAAAAGAGUAAUCACAGCUAUUAAAACAAAAGGAAGAGUCUCUGGUGAUGUAAUUGGAGAAGCUUUGAAUGCAUAUGCCUUGAGAAGAUUGCCUGGUUUUACUAAGGGUAUAGUACAGAGUGGUGACAUCAUAAAGUAUAGAUCAUUGGCGGAAGCCAUUGUGUGCCUGCUUCCCUCAGAGAAAGGCAGUGUUCCCUGUACGUUUCUGCUUAGGUUGUUAAGAGCAGUGAUUCUGUUAGAAUGUGCAGACGCAGAAAGGAAUGAACUGAUGAAAAGAAUUGGACAGGAGCUUGAGAAUGCUACUGUAGCUGAUCUUUUGAUUCGAUCCCCUACUGGUGAAACAACAAUGUACAACAUUGAUAUUGUGCAAAGCCUGGUUGAAGAGUUUGUCACAUACGAACGGACUGCUCAGGUUGAUUUUCCCAUGGAAAAUGAGUUCCAAGAGAGCAGAAGCCCAAAAUUGGGAUCAGAUGCUUCCAAGAUGCAGGUAGCAAAGCUGGUUGAAGGCUUCCUCGCUGAAAUUGCUCGAGAUCCCAACCUACCUCUUUCAAAGUUUGUCAAUCUUGCAGAAAGGGUAUCAAGUUUCCCGAGACCGUCACAUGAUGGACUUUACCGGGCUAUUGAUAUGUAUCUUAAGGAGCACCCAGGAAUUAGUAAGAGUGAAAGAAAGAGGAUAUGCAGGUUGAUGGAUUGCAGGAAGUUGUCAGCAGAGGCCUGCAUGCAUGCUGUGCAAAAUGAGCGGCUUCCAUUGCGGGUUGUUGUGCAGGUUCUCUUUUUUGAACAGGUUAGGCAAGCAACAUCAUCUGCAGGCAACAGCACACCAGAACUACCUGGGCCCAUUAGGGCAUUACUCCCUGGUGGGUCUCAUGGGAGCUCAAGGUCCACUACAACCAACACAGAAGAGGACUGGGAUGCUGUACCGACAGCCGAAGAUAUCAAGGCUUUAAAAGGUGAACUUACUACUCUGCGAUUAGGCAGGAGCGAUACAAAUGCAAAUGAUGGUGCUAAAAACGAUGCUGAAAAGGCUGCUGCAAAUAAAAUGAGAGGUUUAGUUAUGUCAAAGAUAUUCUCAAAGCUCUGGUCAAACAAAGAACGAAAUGGUGAGAUUAGUAGCACGGAUACUUCGGAGAGUCCUGGUUCCGCGAGUGCAGAAGACACAAAAUCUACCCCUUCCAGAAGCAGGAGGCAUUCAGUAUCUUAAUCAUAGAAAUAAACUUGAGAAGAAGUAGAGGAUGUAUCUCUUGGCUUGUAAAAUUAUCCCUUAAAUUGACCAUUAGGAAAUUAGAACCCGCUGACUUUUUAUCCAGAUGAUUUUCCAUUGGAAAUUUUCAUGCAAGAGAGCAUGUUGAAGAGAAUGGGGACUGAUUUCUAUGAGAAGUUGACUGUCAAAUUUUGGUCAUGCAAUCUGCAUAGAGAUGGAAGUAUCUAAUAUUCAUCCUUAGCCCUACUGUUAAUGUGAUGAACUCUGAUGAUGAUCAGGUUUUUUUGUCGUACUCUAAUUAGAAAGGAAAACGCCGAGGUUCUUUUUGCAUUGCA